AUGACGAAUAAUGAAGAGACAGGUUGCGAAAUCACAUUUAUUAAAGUUACGAAUGAUAAGCUUUCAUGGUCGAGAAACGUCGAUCUCAAAGGAGCUAAUCUCGCUGGAAAUUACAAAGACAUGCCAUUUAUCAUCAAAUGCAUCGAUACGAGCGAGAAAGUAAGCAUCGAUAUCGUUAAAGAACUGAAUGAGGUCAUGCCUGAAAAUCCCAAUUUGCUGAAGAUCAUAGUCGUUUCAAAGGGGGGUUUUACGGAAGAAUCAUUGGAACUCGAAAAGAGAAAUAAGUGUUUGAUCCUUACCGACAAGGAUCACUUGGGGGAAAGUUAA